AUGGAAACUAACACUGAUUUUAAACGUUAUAUGAAAUUUAAAACUCAACAUAAGUUCAAUUUCGAAAACAUUAAUAUCAAUGAAGUGUUAAAUGCACUGGAGAAAUUAAAGACGUCUAAGUCAACUGGACAUGAUAAUAUCCCAGCCAAACUUUUGAAAGAUGCGAGUGAUGCCGUGGCGCCUUUUUUAGUAUUUAUUUUUAAUACUUCACUCAAACAUGGAAUUUUCCCUGAUGAUCUUAAGACUGCAAGAAUUUCUCCAAUUCAUAAAUCUGGUGACAAAAAAAAUCGAGGCAAUUAUAGACUGAUUUCCAUUCUUUCGAUUAUUGCUAAGUUAUUUGAGAAACUUGUCUGUACACAGCUCAAUUCCUUUUUAACUGAAAAUAAUAUUCUGAGUUCGUGUCUGUCUGGUUUCCGUAAAAAUUAUUCCACCGCAUCAGCCCUUUUAGCAAAUACGGAUUCAUGGUUACUUAAUAUGGAUGCUGGGAUGAUAAACGGAGUACUUUUUCUGGACUUAUGUAAAGCAUUUGAUACGGUUGAUCACGGAAUUCUCCUAAGUACAUUAUCUAUCUAUGGAAUCCAAAAUAAGGCCUUAGAUUGGUUUAAAUCUUAUUUGCAUAACAGAACGCAAUACUGCAGGGUGAACAGUGCAACAUCGUCCACCAGGAAAAUACGUUGUGGGGUUCCCCAGGGAUCGAACCUUGGUCCCCUUUUGUUUUUAUUAUACGUCAAUGACCUGCCAAAUUGCUUGGAUAAAUCCUGUCCGGCAAU